UUUUAAAAAAAUUAUAAUUUUGUUUUAUAUUCCUUUUUUUAAGGAGAGGGGGGAAAUCUUCUUUUAAAAAAAGGUGAAGUCUGAGGAUAAUUAUCCAGUGUGAAUACAUGCACAUCUGCUCCCAUGGAGGCAGCAGGAGAUUGGGCUUCCGGGAUGUUAAAUAACUGCAUUUAAAGUUAACAAAGAAAGAAAGAAAGAAGACGAGGAGUUGGCAGAAUCUGUCGCUACCUGAUACUGGCAAAUAGAAGAAGAACGGAUCAUUUAAAAUAAUAAUAAUAAUAAUAAUAAGGAUUGCUUUUUGGCAUCAAUGUUUUCAGCAGUGCCUAAUGAAAACGAGCUCCUGAGCCAGCAAAAAGACAUUUUAAUACAAUUUUUACCUUGCAUUUAGGGCAGCUUUUAAAUUAGGCAAGGAAAACCUCAGAGAGCAAAAGCUAGGGAGGCUUCAGGCCAGUUAUAUAGGAGACUUGGCCUCGUUGCCAUUAUUUCACGGAGAAAAUUCAGAUUGGGUCUCACGACCAUUACCUGUUUUUGAGAGGACGGGAGGUGGUAGUCUGAGGUGAGGCUGUUGAGCGAUCUCUUCAGAGCAGGGAGAGGAGAGCUUCCUUUUGCCAAAGCUGGCAUCGGUUUUCCUCUUGAGAAGCGGAGCCAGGAAACCGGCAAGCGAGGAAUUCAAAGUUCAGCAGAAAGCACAAGGAGAGAUCCGUGUAGAUUUCUUGCCAGAGCAAAAGAAAUCCAUCUCGGAGGUUUUUUCUUGAGGUGAACGAUCAGACGAAGGGUCCUAAGAGAAACCUCGGAGGAGGGGGGAGAGCGCCCUCCCAUAAAUGGAGCCCAAAGAAUCCACCGGAGGACACGGGGAAAAGGAAUCGGCGAACCCCCAGCUGAUCGGGGCUGCCCAGGGGGAAGGGGUGAAGGAGGCCGUUUCAGGAACGGAGGCCGUUUCCGACGUCCCUGUCGGAAAUGGGCAGGACCAAGAUGCAGCCGAGAUGCCCGCAGGGGAGGAAACUCCCCUCGGAAGUUGCAAGGAGAGCGCUUUAAAAGAAGACAGUGGCUCGGAGGAAAAAAUUAUGGAGUCUCUGGGAUCCCAAGGGGCAGACUCUGGAGCCCUUGAAGAGUCUGCAGGAGGAGCGGGUGACCCACUAGGGAGCCCUGAACCUCGGCCAGAUGUUCCCAUCGCCAAGCCAGUGGCCAGUGGCUCCGGCAGCGGCCCCUCCGAACCCCCUGAUCCGGCUGCCCAAGAGGCGGCCGGCAAGCCUCGGUCUUCUCCGGCCAACCAGCCUGAACCGCCGGACUUCUACUGCGUGAAGUGGAUCAGCUGGAAAGGGGAGAGGACGCCGAUCAUCACCCAGAGUGAGAACGGACCCUGCCCGCUCCUGGCCAUCAUGAACAUCCUGUUUUUGCAGUGGAAGGUGAAGCUGCCCCCGCAGAAGGAAGUGAUUUCCUCCGAGGAGCUGAUGGCUCACCUAGGCGAUUGCAUUUUAUCUAUCAAACCCCAAGAGCAGACCGAAGCCCUGCAGCUGAAUUUCCAGCAGAACGUCAACGACGCCAUGAUGGUUUUGCCCAAACUCUCCACGGGGCUGGACGUGAAUGUAAGGUUUACCGGAGUCUCCGAUUUCGAGUACACCCCUGAGUGCAUCGUCUUUGAUCUCCUUAACGUCCCUCUUUAUCAUGGGUGGCUGGUGGACCCUCAGAUACCGGACGUGGCCCAGUCUGUUGGCAAGUUGAGCUAUAACCAGCUGGUGGAGAAAAUUAUCACCUGUAAACACUCCAGUGACCCUAACCUGGUGACUGAAGGUCUGAUUGCAGAGCAGUUUCUGGAAUCGACAGCUUCUCAGCUCACCUACCACGGCCUCUGUGAGCUCACGGCCACCGUCAAAGAGGGAGAACUCAGCGUCUUUUUCCGGAACAACCACUUCAGUGCCAUGAUCAAGCACAAGAGCCACCUGUACCUCCUGGUGACAGACCAAGGUUUCCUACAUGAGGAGCAAGUGGUGUGGGAGAGCCUCCACAACGUGGACGGGGACAGCUGCUUCUGCGACGCCGAGUUCCACCUCAGCCACGCCUUGGGCACGGAGGCCGCUGGCGGAUCCCCCGAGGAGGAGCAGCAGCAGCAGCGGCAGGUGGACCAGGACUACAUGAUUGCCCUCUCUCUCCAGCAGCAGCAGGGCGGGCCCGCUUUGAGCGACCUGGAGCUGGCACAGCAGCUGCAGCAGGAGGAAUAUCAGCAGCAGCAGCCGCUCCCGCCGCCCCCACCUCCCACCGCAGCCCCUGCAGCACAGGGGAGAAGCCCCCCGCCACCAUCCCGCUCCUCUGGAGAGCGCCGGCAGCGGCAGAAGCAGGAUUUAGACUGUAUCGUCCUCUAAAGCCGACCCCGAGGGGGGUGCUGGAGCAUCCUUUUUCUCCUCCCAGCACCCCAAAACCUCCAGGACCGGAUGCGAAGACCAUGCCUCGAUUCCGUUAACACCCCCCCUUUUCCAGGGCUGCUGUUUCUGGGAUUCGGCAGAAGACGGGCUUGAAAUCAAACUUUAACAAGGACCGAGGGAAGCUAACGUUCAGCUAACAACCCACUGAUCGUCCUUGGGGGGCUGGCAUUCCGUUCUUCCUGCCUUCUGCACCAAACCACCCCACGGCUGGGUUGUUUUAAGCUGACAGAGGCAGACCUUGUUGAGGACCUGAUGGUGAGGAUAUCAGCGUGAGGGUGGCGCAGAGAGAGAGAGAGAGAGAGAACCCCCCACUUGCACCAAGUCAGUCCAAGCAUAGAGACAACCAGGCCUGUAUCUCAGAGCAGAUCUUUUUUCCUGACGUUUACGGGAAGCAGUGGCCACCCACAGCAAGGUGAGCCCUGAGGGAUCCACACCCCUCCGAAACAGGCCUUGGGAAAGUUGCUUUUCUGGAGUCCAUUCAGAGUUGUAAUCCCCAAAAGUUGCUUCCAUAAAGCUUUGCUCUCUGG